GGUGAUUUGGAACAAUAUGUAGCACAAACUUAGAAAAACCUCGCGUUGUGUUUCAAUCAAUAUUAUCAAAUACUUUUAAAAGCGCACACAUAAUUAUAAAGCACAGCAUGAAACGAACGUAUAAUUCACUUCACUAAAAGCAGCUCCAGGUCACAGUGAAGUGGACUCCUCAGCCCUCAGACGCAGUCAUGCCUCAGAAGGUGCAGAAAAAGGCGCAGACGUCUCACUACAUGGAGCUGGGAGCUGGUUAUCAGUACUGGCCUGUUCUGGCACCUCGAGGCAUCAGACUGUACACGUAUGAGCAGAUCCCUGUGUUUCUCAGAGAAAACCCUUACAUCACAGACGGAUACAGAGCCUACCUGCCCUCCAGACUCUGCAUCAGCAGCCUCUUCAUUCUGUCCAAUGAGACAGUGAAUAUCUGGAGUCAUUUGCUCGGUUUCCUGCUCUUCUUCUGUCUCGGCGUCUACAACAUGGCGUCCGUGCUGCCGGCACUCGGCGCCUCCAGAGAAGAUUACGUCAUCUACUCCAUCGGACUCUUCUGUUUCCAGGUGUGUCUCCUGUGUUCCGCGUGUUAUCACGUCUUCUGCUGUCACCGCUCAGAGAAAACUGCUCGCCGCUGGAUGGCGCUGGACUGCGCUGGCGUGUCCGUCGGAAUCCUGGGUUGUUACGUCCCCGGACUCUUCUACACCUUCUACUGCAACAACACGUCGUUGUCUCUGGAGACUCUUCUUCAUCAUCAUCAUCAUCAUCAUCAUCAUCAGCAGCAGCAGCAGCAGCAGCAGUAACUUGAGUAAUUGAUUAAAGCUGAAGCGGCGCCACCGUCUGGCUCAGCGAGUGACUCAUUGUUCCUGGUGAAUAAGCGACACGACACCUUCUCUGCGCUCGUCGUUUGGAAUCCAGCCUCCGAUGACACAAGCCAGUUUCAGUUCCUCAUUCCAGCCGCCCACCACCCUGUUUCUUCUUUUCUGUUUUUUUAAACUUGGCCGCGCUCCUCGCUGCUCGCUUUCCCCCGCAUAUUGGAAGCGCCGGGUUAUUUUGCCCCAGAACGCAGCAGAAAUCUGCUCCAGCUCAAACCAGAUGGCCGCGUUCACGGCGCCGUCCGUCACUCCUGUUCCCGACCAUAUGACGCUCGCGAGUCUGCGCCGCGUCUCGGUGCGAAGGCCCGUGUCCGUGCCAAGACUGGGGCUCCACUGCUGGUUGGUGCUCUCCUGCGGGACGCCAAGUCCCCAAGGAGAAAACUGCUUUUUAUAUUUAGAAAAAGCAAAGUGGGUCUCUGAGACGCUCCGUGUCUGUGGAGGAAAGAACACGGUGUCUGUUCUGUGCUCGGCUUCUUUUCUCUGGGAGAAAUUUGGCUGCCGUCGCUCGACGCAAGGCCUCGUUUUUCUGCCUCGUUUCUUCUGGUGCAAAUUUAUUCACUGUGAAAUUCAGCAGGACUCAACACAUGAGGACGUGUGACUGGACCGAGGCCUGGAUCCACACAGACGGACAGAAGGGACGGAGACGAGGCCGUCCAGACUUUAACACUUUACACAGAAAGACUUUACGUCCCCACUCUCUCUGGACUGUGAUAAACACUCUUUUACUUUAACAACAAUAAAUAACAAUAGUUUACUUUUUACAUGAGAUUCAUGAAACCUGAUUUAUUCAGAAUCACGUUUGACGUUUGAGCACAAAAGCAACUGAAACAGAAUCUUUACAUUAUUAAAAUUUAUGAAACUAAAAGAAGAGACUUUUAUUUAAUCUGAAUGUAAAGUAAUCUUCAAAAUGGUAAGAAACUAAACUAUGUAAUCAUGAUCCUUUUUUUUUUUUGCUUUAAAAAGUUU